CAACACUUUGUGGCAUAAUUCACAGUUAUACGCGGACGCGCUUUUCUAACUCAACGGACGGUUGCGGGAGUAAAAUUUCGAAACGCUGCGAAAAAAAAUUCCAAAUACCCCUACACAAUCAUCCCAUCACAAAACACAAGAAAUCUGAAAAAGUGUACUAGAAAAAAUAUCACACAAAAAAUUUGUCUGCUCGGUUUAAGAAAGAAAAAAAAAACAGAUCUUACUUAAUUGCUUGCUUGCUUUAAUGAAUGAACUAAACUGAAAACCGCCUCAACUAAAUAAGUGGAUAAACAGAGACAAAUUACGUUUCCUUUUCAUUAUUUUUCAUUGUUGUUGCUGUUGUUGUUUUUUUUUCGUUCUUCGUUUUCAUUUCAAAGAAAAUAUCUAAUUUAAAUAAUCAAAAAGAAUAACGAAACCAAAAAAAAAAAAAACGGAAACGGUUCUCGAGGCCAUUGUCGCGCAUUAGAACGGCGAAAAAGCCAAGUAAAACAAAAUGACUCUGGAAGUGCUCAAAGAUCCUCAACUGAUAUCACCCGCAAGCGUCUUUUGUUUUUUGCUAUUGCCGCUGCUAACGCUAUGGUUUACCUAUUGGCGUUUAUCCCGCCGCCAUCUGUACGAACUGGCCGAGAAGCUGCCGGGACCCAAAGGAUUACCCGUUGUGGGACAUUUAUUUGAUGUCGUCGGACCAGCAUCAUCGGUUUUCAGGACUGUUAUACGGAAAAGUUCCGAAUUUCCCUAUGUAUGCAAAAUGUGGAUUGGGCCCAAGCUGGUGGUAUUCAUCUAUGAUCCAAAGGAUGUUGAAAUACUACUCAGCAGUCAGGUGUACAUUGACAAGGCGUCAGAAUAUAAAUUCUUUAAGCCGUGGCUCGGUGAUGGUCUCUUGAUUAGUACAGGUCAUAAAUGGCGUUCACACCGCAAGUUGAUUGCACCCACAUUCCAUUUGAACGUUCUGAAGAGUUUCAUUGAUCUAUUCAAUGAAAAUUCACGCAAUGUGGUCCGCAAACUUCAGUCGGAGGGUGGCAAAACGUUCGACUGUCACGACUACAUGAGUGAGGCCACCGUCGAGAUUCUAUUGGAAACGGCAAUGGGAGUGUCGAGAAAGACUCAGGACAAAUCAGGUUAUGAAUAUGCUCUGGCAGUUAUGAAAAUGUGUGAUAUUCUUCAUCUGAGACAUCGUAGCCUCUUUCUGAGAAGUGAAUUUUUAUUUUCCCUAACCAAAUACUAUAGGGAACAAGGAAAACUUUUGGAUAUUAUCCAUGGCCUUACAAAGAAGGUAAUCAAAUAUAAGAAGGAAGCAUUCAAAAGAGGCACUCGCGGCUCACUGGCCAAAUAUGAAUGGACUGAAAAUGGUGAAUUAAUAACGGAAAGUCUAAACUCCAAUGGCAACGUGGGAGGCAGUGAUGAGAAAAACGAAAAAGUCACAACCGUGGAGGGACUGUCCUUUGGCCAGGCAGAAGGUUUGAAAGAUGAUUUGGAUGUUGAUGACAACAAUGUGGGCGAAAAGAAACGUUUGGCCUUUUUGGACUUGCUCUUGGAGAGUGCACAAAAUGGUGCCACCAUUACGGACACGGAAAUUAAAGAACAAGUCGAUACAAUUAUGUUUGAAGGGCAUGAUACAACCGCUGCUGGAUCUUCGUUUUUCCUCUCUUUGAUGGGUAUACAUCAGGGUAUCCAGGAUCGUGUUAUCGAAGAGUUGGAUGAAAUUUUCCAAGGCUCCGAUAGAAAUUGUACAUUCCAAGAUACAUUGGAAAUGAAGUAUUUGGAAAGAUGUUUAAUGGAAACGCUGAGAAUGUAUCCACCGGUACCGUUGAUAGCUCGGGAACUGCAAGAGGAUUUAAAAUUGGCCUCCAACGGUUAUGUCAUACCCCGGGGAGCCACCAUCACAGUGGCUACCAUUAAACUACAUCGCAAUCCUUUGGUCUACAAGAAUCCGAAUAUUUUUGAUCCUGAUAACUUUUUGCCUGAACGUCAAGCCAAUCGUCAUUACUAUGCCUUCGUGCCGUUCUCAGCUGGUCCAAGGAGUUGUGUGGGUCGCAAAUAUGCCAUGUUGAAAUUGAAAAUCCUCCUCUCCACGAUUCUACGAAACUAUCGCGUCUAUUCUGAUUUAACUGAAGAAGAUUUCCGGUUGCAAGCUGAUAUAAUUUUAAAACGCGAAGAAGGAUUCCGUGUUCGCUUGGCACCACGCAAACCCCAGAACUUUAAGAAAUCCACACAGACUAACGGCUCACCGGGAACAACAAAUACUACAGUAGGCCCGACACCAGCAAUUUAGAGUUAUAAUCACUGUAAUUUUCUUUGUCCGUAUACUUUUUUUUAUAAAUAUUUCAUUAUGAAAAUAA